AUGGCUGUGUAUUCUGCCUUUCACUGGACAACAACACUAUUUCUCCACAUUGGAGGCAUAUUUCCUCGGAAAAAUCCUAAGUUUCUGUACUGUCUUCUGUCAUAUUCGUACCUUCUCGCGAAUUCAAUGACAAUUGUUGGUCUGCUAGGAUUCGUUAUGGCUCAUACAGCGGACAUGCUCCUCGUAGUAAGAGGAAUGAGCAUCAUAAUAACUCUGGUGUCAGUGGGGCUAAAAUUGAGUUACAUGAUCGCUUACCGAAAACGCACGGCGGAACUCUAUGAGAUACUCGAUCGGUCCUGGUCCGAAGCUCUGAAUGACGAACGAUUGUCUGACGUAGUGUUAUCCGGUGUUGCCACAAUUCGAAGAUUAUCCUGGACUCUUAUCCUUGGUGUCAUGAUCCUAGCUACAAUGUCUAUCGUAAAACCUGGCCUGAAAUAUGCUCAUCAAAAGCAUGAUAAUACAACAACUAUGAAUUAUCCAUUGAUCUACCCAGGAAUCUAUCCCUGGAGUAUUACGAAUGUAGUUGUCUAUCGAAUUCAUUAUCUUAUCGAGAGUAUUGCUGCAUCAUCGAUAUUAAUUAUUCCUGCGGGAACGGACUCUCUCUUCCCGCUUUACAUAUUCCAAAUGAUUGGACAGCUUCGGGUUAUGGCAUACAGGUUGACACACCUCAAAGAUCAGCAAAAUGUUAAGAUGAUCAUAAAAGAAUGUGCCCGACAGUAUAAAGUGUUACUCAUGUGUCAACAUUCUAUGCAAGAGAUCUUUGGACCCUGGAUAUUGUGGAUGGUGGGAACAUCUGCUGCUGUUCAAUGCGCAUUAAUAUUUCAACUGUCCCAGACUGCAAAGGAUCUAUCGGUUGAACAAUGGGUCAUGACCAUAUGCCAUCUUAUCCCGAAAUUGACACAGACGUACAUCUACAGCUGGUCAGGAACAGCAUUGAUUACAGAGAGUGAGCAAUAUCGUGAGGCCGUUUAUGGAGUCAAUUGGUUUUCGAAUAAAAAUAUUAUGAGCUCAAUCAUCAUCAUGCUCAGUCAGAAAACCCUAAAAUUAACAGCCUGCAAGUUUCUUCUCGUCUCGGUUGAAAUUUUCGCUGUGAUCAUGAAAACGACAGUUUCGUACUUCUUUCUACUCAGAACUCUAGAUCCAGAACCUCCCUCCUAGAUUUUGGCAUGAGCUGAUGGAAAAAUAGUUUCAUCUUAGAGCAUCCUAGAAACCAGUAAAAAACAUGCAUGUAGCUCAUUGUAAUUUUACAUUCAACGGGUGGAAUAAGGAGAGGAAUAUUUCAAGCA